AUGCCUCCCAUUAAAAUAUUAAUACAAUUUUUAUUCAUUCAAAAUUUUCUUCUUUCCCUUCUAUCGCACUGGCUUGGACCGCACGCUUGGACUGCGGGCACUAACAUUGAUGGUAUGUAUACUAACCCUAUGAAUGCCUUGGCUAUGCUAGUAGAUUAUUCAGAGGAGCAAGACAUCAUAGAACUUGUGCCUAACAUUAUACUUAACCCUGGCUUCAUGGAGACGGACCCAGUGAGGCCCAAAGAGCAAAUCGUCAAGUCGGCGGAGUGUCCGGGCCCCGGUAAACCCAGACGGGUUUGA